AUGUUCCCAUUACGCACGAAGGCGCAGAAUGGGCGGCCCCCACUCCUGCGCUUCUCUGAUUGGAUAAAGACCUUGGCCGUCAAGUCAAUCCGACCAAUCAGAGAGCGAGCUGUGUCACACCUCCCGACGCUCUUCCUAAGCUCCGCCCCGCUGACGCUGAGGAAAGACUGGCAGUCACACAGAGCUGCAGGUGUGUGUGGGGUGGGGGCGGGAGUUCAGUUGCAGGAGGAGAAUAAUGUCUGCCAUAACCUCUCCAAACGCGGCUACGCGUGGGGGUUCGGUGCCGCUCCGGAGCAGGGGGAGGAGGACGAUGCCGCCGCUGCUAAUAACGGCUUAUUGGUUGCACCCUCGCCGACUUUGGUGCUCCGGUGCCGCGAAGCCAGCUCCGGGCCCGAGCGCGACUGCGCCCCCAAGCGAAGCCACGGUUCCGACCCGCUCGCCGAUAUCCACCGGGUCCUGCGUGAGGCCGGCGACGAACUCGAGAGACUUUACCAGCCGGAUUUCACCGAGAUGUCCCGACAGCUGUACCUCUCGUCCACUACAGCUCAGAGGCGGUUCGCCGAGGUGAUCGACGAACUGUUCCGGGACGGCGUCAACUGGGGCCGGAUCAUCGCCUUCUUCGAGUUCGGCGGCACCGUGUGCGUGGAGUGCGCCACUAAGGAGGACAUGACGUCGCAAGUGGACAACAUAGCCGAGUGGAUGACUGAGUACUUAAACGGACCCCUAGGCAGCUGGAUCCAAGACAACGGGGGCUGGGAUGCUUUUGUGGAGCUCUACGACCGUCAGAGGGACUCUGUCUUCAGCUGCACGUGGCCGUCCAUCAAGACAGUCUUCGGCCUGGCCGCGCUCGGGGCGGCCAGCCUCACCAUUGGCGCGUACCUCACCCAGAAGUGAGCCGCCUUUUCCGCCACUCCUUUUCGUCCUUCACACACACACACACACACACACACACACACACACACACACACACACACACACACACACACACACACACACACCAUCCACCAUCCCCUCCAAUAAAGAUACACUACGUGAUGGAGGCAAGCACAUCAUCAUGCUGCCAACACCGACGACAAUGGAAGAUUCUUCUUUUUUUGUGUUCAUAACCUCGCCUUCUUCUCGACUAGUAGUAGCAUGAACCUUGCGUUAGCUUAGACAGUAGUUGCAUGCGUCAUGUGGGGAGAUGAGACAAUGGGGACGAACAAUUACGGUGCCCCUGCUUGUUAGGGUGGAGGACUCCGUUUGAACCAUGGACUCCGGUUACAAACUUAGACCCACCACCCCUCCCUUGUCAGCCACUCAUCAAACGACUUCCUGUGAAGAACAGCUGCUCGGAAUGUAUAAUGGACCAGCGUGGUAAGUGUGUACUGUGUGUUAUAGUGUACACGGUUGGACACAAGAAUUGGGACAACGACAGCAAGCCUGUGAUUGAACGCAAUGCAGUUUUCUCCAGUGGAAAUCGAGAAAAUAUAAAUAACAUGCUCCAGACCAGCCCUGCAGUAAGUUAUAUUAGUAAAAGAGAAAAUACUGUAAUUUAUACAACCUAGGAAUGUUUUUCCAAGCCAACAAACUUAUCUCCCUCGAGUCUUUCCAAUAAGAACUCCCAUGCUAUAUUUAAAUACUGAGGAGCGAAUGGGCUACAAUUCUUCAGACGCGUGUUGUCGUAGGACAAACAAAUGUGCGAUAGUGCUGUAUGUCUAGAAAUGGUUUAUUUUUCCCAAAAAGAACACAAAUUCCAAAUAUAAGAGUUCAAUGUAAAUCAAUUCAAUUUUCCACGCUUUUCCAAAUCAAAACACGAUACAAGUUAACACAAACCUGUACUCGGUCAACAAACGACACACCUCUGCCAAUUCACACCCUAGGCCUAGACACUCCUAACCCUUUUAUGGGACAUGCGCCACCAUGUGUUACAACCAAAGAAUUACAUGUCCCAAAAAUGUAUUAUAAUAUGCCACAAACAUCAUUUCACAAUAUACAUUCUGUCCAAAGAUAUACAUUAUAAAAUGAACCAAGAUGAGUCGCAUUCUGUAGGAGUAAAAAGCAGGAUUGAUGAGGAUUUGACAUGAAUGAUGGUCAG